UACUGGGCAGGGGCUCUCUUCCCAGCACGGUGUGCAUUUUGCCAAGCUCUUUCUCCUUCAGUUUUAAAACCCUGUGUAUUCCAAGAGAAAUGUCGUCCAUGUGUUUCUGAUUCACUUACACUUAAAUCAUUAAAAUGUUGUUUUGUGAGAGUUAUUUAAUGUGUGAGGAGCUGGUGAGUCUUCUUAAUGGGAAUGUUAAAAGCUUUUUUUCCUGCGCUGACUGAGACAGAAAACAUGUUGCUAAAACAGUGCCUGAGUUCAAACAUAUCCUCCCAUCUCAUAUACUUGUACCUGCAUUAUCAACCACAGCCUCUCGAUUAUGCCAAGCUUGGCAAGGCUGGCAUUCAAAAGUGUGAAAAUUAGAGAAACUGGAGAGAAAAUGGAGUAAGAAGUGCAGUGAGAGUCAAGCCACUGUUUCCCAGAACGUGCCAAAGGAGCGUUAUCUGAGGGUAGAGAGUGCCGGUGUCUGCAGCUUUGGUGGGCGUGGCUGGCAGCCCUCUCUCUGAUGCUCCCCUGGACACUUCCACAAACACAAUCUUAUUUAAGCCUCAUAGUAACUCCCAUUUUCCAAAUGAAGACACAGAAUCAGAUACGUUAGGUAUUGUGCCCAAAGUGCACAGCUGUCUUGGGUAGAAAGGAAAGAUUACAGCUGAGUCUAAUCUUCUUUUAAAAUGACUCAAAUUGAGUUUCUCUGUGAAUGCUGUGUGUGUGUGCAUUUGAAAUUCCAUAUGCAUUAUAAAAUGUUAAUGAGUAGCAGUGUAAUAGAGUGGCUAACACUUCAAAUUCUGCCUCUAUUACUUUCUAGCUGUGUGAACUUGGGAAAGUUACUUAACCUUUCUGGGCAAUUUCCUCUGAAAAAUGAGAAUAUUACCAGCUGUGUAUACAAGAUAUAAAGAUGACUGAAGAGAGUUGAUCUAUUAAGUGCUUGGAGUAGUGCCAGACACAUAGCACUCAAUAACAGUUAGCUUCUAGUGGUCGUGGCAGUGAGGAGUAAUAAAUAACUGGAUGAUCUUGGCAAGUGGCAUAUUCUGAGCCUUAGUGUCCUCACUUGUAAAAUGAGUAUAACAGCAGCACUCUCAACAGUUUGCAAAAGUAACUGAGAUGACGUUUGUGCCUAGCACUGUGUCUAACACAGAAGAGGUGCACAGUCAAACUUAACUUCUACACCCAGAUAUGCCGCUCCCUGUUCAGUGUUGGUUUGUUGUUGCUGUGGAGGGGGUAAUUUUCUUAUUAUUCAGCUCAUCUUAGAUCUAGUGUUGAUUUCUCCAGAAGCCAUGGGUAUACACACGUAUACAGGCCCAGGUCUUUCUAUACCCCUGGGGCAGUGAGAUUUCUUACGUGAUGGGCCCUCUCUGGGCUGGAUUAGAGCCAUGCACACUCCAAGCCGGUAAAUAGUGCCACAGGUAUUGCUUAUGGGAAGGAACAACCAGCCAACUUCAGGACUUGAUGCUCCCCCAAUUCCGGGGCCAGUGGCUCCGUUCACACGAAAACCUGUCGGCGUUUGUAACUCUGAUCAUGAGAAAACCUGUAGUUAUUUGGGGCUCUGCUCACAAGGAAACCUGUAGUUAUUUGCAGACAGAGGCUCUGGGAUUUAGACCUUUUUUAUCUUCUAGUGUGGGUGCUAGCAUUGCCUUCUUAGUUGGUUGUUUCUAUUUAAUUGCUUUACUUUCACGGGUGUCCUGAAGAAAGGCAGAAAAUUAUAGUCAUCUGGCAAAAAAAAAAAAAAAACUAAAGAGAAAUUAGACUUUGUCCCCUUUCACUGUCAUUCUACACACACACACACACACACACACACACACACAUACACACGGAAUGAUACAAAUACCUGCUUGAGCCCCUCAGUUAUUUUCUCUCAAGGGCUGAAGUCGGUCACACGGGAUAAAGGAGGGAACGGAAGGAGCAGAUCUUUUCGGGAAGAAGACACGUUUUGUUGUCAGGUUCCUGGGAGUGCAAGAGCAAGUCAAAGCAGAGAGAGAGGAGAGAGGAAAAGCCAGAGGGAGAGAGGGGGAGAGGGGAUCUGUUGCAGGCAGGGGAAGGCGUGACCUGAAUGGAGAAUGCCAGCCAAUUCCAGAGACACACAGGGACCUCAGAACAAAGAUAAGGCAUCGCGGACACCACACCGGGCACGAGCUCACAGGCAAGUCAAGCUGGGAGGACCAAGGCCGGGCAGCCGGGAGCACCCAAGGCAGGAAAAUGAGGUAGAAACUGAGGACCAGGUGCUGGCAACCUUCUGUGGCAGGGAGACCACAGACACAGAGCAGACUCCCGGCCAGGAGGUGGUCCUCUCCCCUGGCUCCUUCAUGUCUAUCACUUUCCGGUCAGAUUUCUCCAAUGAGGAGCGAUUCACAGGCUUUGAUGCCCACUACAUGGCUGUGGAUGUGGACGAGUGCAAGGAGAGGGAGGAUGAGGAGCUGUCCUGUGACCACUACUGCCACAACUACAUUGGCGGCUACUACUGCUCCUGCCGCUUCGGCUACAUCCUCCACACAGACAACAGGACCUGCCGAGUGGAGUGCAGUGACAACCUCUUCACUCAAAGGACUGGGGUGAUCACCAGCCCUGACUUCCCAAACCCUUACCCCAAGAGCUCUGAAUGCCUCUAUACCAUCGAGCUGGAGGAGGGUUUCAUGGUCAACCUGCAGUUUGAGGACAUAUUUGACAUUGAGGACCAUCCUGAGGUGCCCUGCCCCUAUGACUACAUCAAGAUCAAAGUUGGUCCAAAAGUUCUGGGGCCUUUCUGUGGAGAGAAAGCCCCAGAACCCAUCAACACCCAGAGCCACAGUGUCCUGAUCCUGUUCCAUAGUGACAACUCGGGAGAGAACCGGGGCUGGAGGCUCUCAUACAGGGCUGCAGGAAAUGAGUGCCCAGAGCUACAACCUCCUGUCCAUGGGAAAAUCGAGCCCUCCCAAGCCAAGUAUUCCUUCAAAGACCAAGUGCUCAUCAGCUGUGACACAGGCUACAAAGUGCUGAAGGAUAAUGUGGAGAUGGACACAUUCCAGAUUGAGUGUCUGAAGGACGGGACGUGGAGUAACAAGAUUCCCACCUGCAAAAUUGUAGACUGUAGAGCCCCAGGAGAGCUGGAACACGGGCUGGUCACCUUCUCCACAAGGAACAACCUCACCACAUACAAGUCUGAGAUCAGAUACUCCUGCCAGGAGCCCUAUUACAAGAUGCUCAACAAUAUCACAGGUAUAUAUACCUGUUCUGCCCAAGGAGUCUGGAUGAAUAAAGUAUUGGGGAGAAGCCUGCCCACCUGCCUUCCAGAGUGUGGUCAGCCCUCCCGCUCCCUGCCAAGCCUGGUCAAGAGGAUCAUCGGGGGCCGAAAUGCUGAGCCCGGCCUCUUCCCAUGGCAGGCCCUGAUAGUGGUGGAGGACACUUCGAGAGUGCCAAACGACAAGUGGUUUGGGAGUGGGGCCCUGCUCUCUGAGUCCUGGAUCCUCACAGCAGCUCAUGUACUGCGCUCCCAGCGUAGAGACACCACGGUGAUACCAGUCUCCAAGGAGCAUGUCACCGUCUACCUGGGCUUGCAUGAUGUGCGGGACAAAUCAGGGGCAGUCAACAGCUCAGCUGCCCGAGUGGUGCUCCACCCAGACUUCAACAUUCAAAACUACAACCACGAUAUAGCUCUAGUGCAGCUGCAGGAGCCCGUGCCCCUGGGACCCCACGUUAUGCCUGUCUGCCUACCAAGGCUUGAGCCUGAAGGCCCGUCCCCCCACAUGCUGGGCCUGGUGGCCGGCUGGGGCAUCUCCAAUCCCAAUGUGACAGUGGAUGAGAUCAUCAGCAGUGGCACGCGGACCUUGUCAGAUGUCCUGCAGUAUGUCAAGUUACCUGUGGUGCCUCACGCUGAGUGCAAAACUAGCUAUGAGUCCCGUUCAGGCAAUUACAGCGUCACGGAGAACAUGUUCUGUGCUGGCUACUAUGAGGGCGGCAAAGACACGUGCCUUGGAGAUAGUGGUGGGGCCUUUGUCAUCCUUGAUGACUUGAGCCAGCGCUGGGUGGUGCAAGGCCUGGUGUCCUGGGGGGGACCUGAAGAAUGUGGCAGCAAGCAGGUCUAUGGAGUCUACACAAAGGUCUCCAACUAUGUGGACUGGGUGUGGGAGCAGAUGGGCUCACCACAAGGCAGAGCCCCAGGUGGAACGGUGAGCUGACUUCCUUCCUCAGGGCCUGCCUCCCCUGAGUGAAGCUACACUGCACUUCCGACAGCACACUCCACAUUACUUAUCAGACCAAAUGGAAUGGAACACACUGACCUAGCGGUGGCUUCUCCUACAGAGAGAGCCCCCAGGACCGUGAGAGGCAGCAGUGUGGUAUAGGAAAAGGCUCUAGGCAGGAGACCUGCAUUCCUGAGCUUGUCUAAGUCUCUUCCCCUGUCUGGGCCUCACUCUCCCCAGUAACACAAUGCAGGAGCUAAACCAAGGCCAUCCCAGCACUCCUCUCCAGGCCAUACUUCUUAUCCCAGUGGCCUUUAUUCACUCCUGACCACUUAUCAAACGCAUCGGUUCCACUGUUGGUAUGACUGAGCUUGGACCUGACUAUUAGAAAAUGGUUUCUAACAUUGAACUGAAUGCUGCAUCUGUAUAUUGUCCUGCUCUGCCUUCUGGGACUAGCCUUGGCCUAGUCCUUCCUCUAGGAGAAGAGCAUUCAGGUUUUGGGAGAUGGCUCAUAGCCAAGCCCCUCUCUCCUAGUGUAAUCCCUUGGAGAACUUUCUUGCCUGGGGUUUCUCUCCCAAAAGCUUCUUGCAGUCUAAGCCUUAUCCCUAUGUUCCCCAUUAAAGGAAUUUCAAAGGACAUGGAGAAAGUUGGGAAGGUUUGUGCUGACUGGUGGGAGCAGAAUAGCAGCGGGAGGCUCACCAAGCCCUUAAAUUCGCAUUGUCAACUCAGAACACGUUUGGGCCCAUAUGCCACCUUGAAAUACCAGCUGACACCAUGGAUGUCCACACCUGCUGCUCCAGACAAGCACAAAGCAAUCUUUCAGCCUUGAAAUAUAUUAUCUAAAAGGCUACUACCUGAACCCCAGACCCAAACUUGGGGACUUAGCUGAUUACCUGGGAAAAGAAAAGACCCACACCAUAUCCUGCUGUGCUUUUGGGCAGGAAAAUGGAAGAAAGAGUGGGGUGGGCACAUUAGAAGUCACCCAAAUCCUGCCAGGCUGCCUGGCAUCCCUAGGGCAUAAGCUGGGAGGAGAAUCCACCCCACAGAAUGUUCAGAGAGACCCACUCCUUCAUUUUCCACAGUCAAAGGAAUCAGAGGCUCACCCAUGGCAGGCAGUGAAAAGAGCCAAGAGUCCUGGGUUCUAGUCCCUGCUCUGCUCCCAGCUGGCUGUAUAACCUUUGGGAAAUCAUUUUCCUUCUCUGAGUCUCUGGUUCUCCAUCAGCAAUAGGAGGGUAUUAGGUCCCCUGCAGGGUCUUUCUAGCUGGAGCACUCAGAGCUUCCCUGACUGCCAGCAGCCUCUCUGGCCCUCACAGGGCUGACUGUCCUCCUUCUACCUGGAGCUCUCUGUCCUGGAAAUCUCCAUCAGAGCAAGACAGCCAGAGAAGCCCCUGAGAGGGAAUGACUGGGAAGUAUCCACUUCUCCAACCAGCUCGUCAAAGCACACUCCUAUGUCUAUGAAUGGCACAUGUAAAGAUGUUAUAUUUUGUAUCUUUUAUAUGAUAUGCUUCACCGCUCUGUAAAGGGCCUCUGCAUUGUUGCUCCCAUCAGGGGUCUAAAGUGGAAAUAAACCCUCAUGGAUAACCAACA